AUGUCAGAGCAUCCUCCGCGCUUCAUCAUCAUCGGAGCCGGCUCCAGAGGCAACCAUUACGCAAACGCCAUCGACACCGUCUCCAAUGGAGUCAUCGCCGCCGUCGCCGAGCCGCUGAAGUUCAAGCGCGAGACCCUCGGCCGGAAGCACAUCUGGGGGGACAGCAGCCCCGGCGAAGGCCAGUCCUUCACUGAUUGGCGCGACUUCCUUGAGUACGAGCAGGACCGUCGGCGACGGGCGGCUGCAAGCGAGGAGGGCGUCCCUGAGGGCGUCGACGGAGCAUUUGUCUGCGUCCUAGACGAGAUGCACCGCGAGGUCGUGGUCGGCCUCGGGCCGCUUGGGUUGCACAUCAUGUGCGAGAAGCCGCUUGCGUGCUCCCUUGAGGAAUGUCUCGAUAUGUACAAGGCGUUGCGGGCCUCGGAGUCGUCCAAGGUCUUCUCCAUUGGCCACGUGCUACGGUACAGCCCUCACAACAUAAUGCUGCGGAAGCUGCUGCUUGAGGACCGUAUCAUUGGCGAUAUCACCAGUGUUGUCCACACCGAGCCCAUUGGUUGGUGGCACUACACGCAUUCGUACGUCAGGGGCAACUGGCGAAACGAGAGGACGACGGCGCCGUCUCUUCUCACCAAGAGCUGUCAUGACAUCGACCUCCUACUUUGGCUGCUCUGCUCCCCAGAAAAGCCCGGCCAAGGGAAGCCGCAUCUCCCAGAAACAAUCUCCUCUUCGGGCAGCCUACAAUUCUUUAAGAAGAGCCGCAAGCCUGUCGCCGCCGGUACUGCGACCAACUGCAUGAAGUGCUCCCUGGGUGAUAAAGGCUGCAAGUUCUCUGCGAAGAACAUCUACCUCAACCCCAAGUUACAGGGGCUCCAGGGUGAUACGGUGUGGCCCAUCAACGUCGUUGUCCACGACAUUGAAGACUAUCCUACCCAAACAGCUCGGGAGGUCGUCCUGUCCAAGGCACUGGAAGAUGACUACGACGACUCGAUGCCCAAGUCAGAAGUCGAGGCGCGGAAUUGGUUUGGUCGCUGUGUCUUCGAGGCCGACAACAACGUCUGCGAUGAGCAAUUCGUCACCAUCACCUGGCCCGAGUCGACCAGGCCGGCCAAGAUGGCCACCUUCCACAUGGUAGCGCAGACGAAGAAGAUCUGCCAACGGUUCUCCAACAUCUACGGCGAGCACGGCGAGAUCUACGCCGACUCGCGCACCAUUGUGGUCGAGGACUUCAACACGGGCGAGACCAAGAAGUUCUACCCGCGCGUGGAGGACCUGGGCCACGGCGGCGGCGAUUUGGGCCUGACGCAGCAGUUUGUGCUGGCCUGCGACCGCGUUAAGAACCACGGCUGGGAAGCGCCCCGCGCGCAGAACGAGUUCAUCGGGUGCACGCUGGAGGAGGUGCUCCGGAGCCAUGCCUUGGUCUUUGCGGCCGAGGAAGCCAGGCUGGGUCGCAAAGUGCUGAACUGGGAAGAGUGGUGGGAGAAUUCUGUCGGCAAGAAGUUGGCCGUCUGA